CACGAAGCCUCUAUACAAUUUUACGUCCUUAACGGUUGAAUGCACCACAAUUGAACAAGCUGAAUAAAAUCAAGAACAGUCAUAUUCAAUAUGGCCGGCUUUAACCUUCUGCUACCUUACAUUUCCAUAACAAUAUUUGUGUUGUGUUGCAUGCAAAUGCGAAGCUCCGCGCAGUAUAUUACGCUUAAUAACACAGGACCGUUCUCCGUUUCUUCGACGUUUUUAAUGUAGAUAGGCCGGGAGUCAAGAUGCGCCGUCAGUGUAGGUGGACGUGCAUACCAGUCGUCGUAGCUGUGGUGAUAUUGUGUCUCACACCGGCAUAUCUGCUACUGGUGAAGGGUACGAACUACUGGGGGAGUGGCAUUUUACAUGUAAAGGAGGAGGCACCUAAAAAGGAUAUCGGAACGACUCGAAGUGUUCCACCAACUGGAAUUCGGCAAGAAAAGACAAGAAUAAACAGUACACAACAGGUCAGCAGUGAACAAAGCAAGAGUUUGGAUGCGUCACCCAUUGCAGUGUGUUGCAUGGAUCUGAUGAACCUCGACAAAGAUAGAGCUCUGGUGAUGGGUCAUCGAAGGAAAAGCAAAGGGUUUCUAACAAUCGGCAUCCCCUUUACUCCCCGGUCGGGAGGAAAGAGCGACCUCAGAAAAACCCUGGAAUCCUUGAUUCAGAACACUCCCAGUGAGCUCUUAAAAUCUCAAGUGACCAUUGUGAUCUUCACGAGUGCCUUGGACGUGGGUUUCCGACAAUCAGCUCACGCUAUCGUAUCUAGCUUCCCCGACCACGUUCAGGGAAGCGUCUUGCAGUUGAUUGAAGCCCCAAGAUCUUUCUACCCGAACCUUUCGGCCCUCGGGAACUCCUUCCUCUCCGGCCGCGUCAAGAUGAAUCUGGACAACGCGUUUCUCCUCGCCUACGCGAGGGAUAGUUCGGAGUUCUACCUCCAAUUAUCAUACGACCUGAGAGCGCCUCCCAACUACCUGCAAACAAUACGGAAUUUCAUCCGGCAGCAAGGCGCGAACUACUGGGUCACGCUGGAGUUUUACCCGGUGGGGUUCGCCGGUAAGUUGUUCCGCGGAGGGGGGCGGGACAUCCAGCAGCUGAUCCACCUACUGACGGAGUACAGCAAAGAGCAAUCCUUGGGAAAUUUGUUUGUUCAAUUCAAAAACUUGAAUGUACAACAGAGGGAUAUUUUAUGGAGACCUCCCCUGUUCUCUCAAUUGUGAAUAGUCAGGGUUUAUAUCGGUGUCGUAUGAAAUUUGGACUCCUGUGAAAUCACGGCGUCACGUGACUUGUCGUCACUGCUCCGUUUCUGCCCAUUAUAGGCAUGCGCAAUGCAACCAAUGAGUCCGUAUUUCAUAAUUAUAAAGGCAACAUUUUACACAACACCGGAAUGUCUUUCAAGGACGUUUCCACCACCACCAUCUCUUUUUUUAUUCUCCUUUUUUUCCUCAUUUUUAAACUCUCUGAUUAAUUCUUCGGACAUCGCUAAUCGUUCAUGAGAGUUCACUUAUUUAUUUUCGACAUACAACUCAUGGUAAAUCAUAAAUAUAACUUGUUGGCACAAUUGUAUUAAGUCACCAUGGCGAUAAAUUGGAGCAAAGCUCUGAAAAUUUUGGAUUAUGGAUAAAUUAUUGGGAGCCAUCAUCUAUUGAAUUUAGUGGUAAUGUGGAGGAUGAAGACUGAAGGUGUAUCUUCUUUGAAAUUGAAAAGAUCGUCAUACAUGCAAUUUAUAAAAUAUUUAAUUGUAAUAAUCAUAUUAUUAGUUCAUGUUCAAGUUGAGUGGCAUAACUAUUCACAUGGACGUAUCGCGUGGAAUUUUCCUUUGUCUUUCGAUUUUUAGGAUAAGGUGGAGGCUGACGAACUUUCUUUUAAUACAAAGUUUACAGUUUUGAAACAAGUUUUACGAUUUUGUGCAACAUUCUUCCCAUUUUAAAAUUGUAUAGGGUGCAGCUCUUAAAAAGGCUUCUACUUUUUCCAUAUAAAGAAAGACUUAUUUCGGGUGCUGUUUGAUACAAUCAGGUGAUAGGCCUAUGGCUGAUGCUUUAGUUAAACGAUAUAUAUGUCCUUACGUACAAUGACUAAGUGCCAAACGAAGAGUCUAAUAAAUGUCUUUAAAAUAAUUACA